AUGGGCGAUAGGCCCAAUCUUGACCCCAGUGAGAGUCCUGUAAACUACUCAGACUACUAUUCUGCUGCCUCAACUGUUGAUGACAAGACUUGUGAACCAGAGCUGGUCGCUGACUCGCAAGAUUCUGAUGAUAUAUUGAGCAGCAAGAAACAUUCGCUGAAUGACAUUGUGUGUCUUUCUGACUCACUUGAAAGCGAUCCAGACUCUGAAGAUCCCUUGCAGGACAUUGGGAUCCCUUUAGGUACUGGUGGUUUGAGACAGAGCCCCAAACCAUCUGACGAGCUACGGUUCGUAGAGUUCGAUACCUCAGAGCGUGCGUUUGACGAAAACAUAGUUGCUAGGCUAAACAAGUUCGAGGAACUCUCCAAGAUAAUCGAACCUGAUGUUGUGGAGCCCAAGGAGUCUGAAGAUGCUUCAAGACAAACCUCCAAGUUUUUGAUGUCCAUCUUCAAGCAGAACGUUCCGCGUGCAUAUGUGGAAAUGGUAGUUGCGGAAAGCAGCGGUCAACGAUUUCGAGAUUGGCACUUCAUAUCCGAGGAUGCUACUGUCAGGCGUCCGGAUCCAUGGGAUGUGUUUUUGAACCCGAGUGCAAAUAUCCAUAACAAGUCCUUGAAUGACCUCCUGCGAUCCUUUGGCGUCGUGAACUUUAUGUCGGAAAACACAGAACGCAUAAAAACUUCUAUGUAUGACACUAUGAACAGAUUGGAGUCAGUGGCAUGGAUGUGCAAAGAACUUGAAAAUUACGUGAACAGCAGUGGAUUUACCAGAACUUUUAUUCGUUUUGUCCUGGAUCGAAACAUCUUUGAAUCGGCAGAAUGCAUAACUUCGUGGUGCUCUACAAUUUAUGCCAAGUUAUCGGAAGUUCAUUUUCUGAAUAUUUACUUUGAGCUUGUGGAUCGAGAGGAAUAUAUGCUACAUCUUCGCAUAUCACAACAGAUUCCGGAGUUCCGUAAACCACUUAUCGAUGAACUAUUUCCCAAUGCUGACUGGGAGACGAUUAUCAAAUUUUGCGCCACAAUUCCAAGCUCUAAAAAUUAUCUUCAAAUGGUCUAUUUCGUACUGCUUGUGUAUGGCACCGACAUAUUCCCACCGGCUCGUAGUGAGAACUCAAAGCAGCUGAGAAAACGAAUACAAGAUUUGUGUGAAGACACUGACCACCCUGAGCUCAUGUUACUUCAAAGUUAUGUGAAUUUGUUCACAAUUUAA